GGGGUUAAAUCUUAUGCACGUUGCUGGUUCUGUAAAAGGCUGUGGAUUUGGUGCCCAAAAUUCUGCAAAGGCAAAUCCCCUCCGUGUUCACCAGGUGUGAAGCUACUGCUAAUGACUGGAGUAGUCUCUUAGUAUUGUCGCAGCGUCCUGGCUGCUGUGUGUGAACGCUGCCCUGCAGCCCCAGUGCCGGCUUCUUCUUCCUCCUUCUCAGGAUCGGCCUGGCAGCCAUUCAGCGGCUCUCCCCUCCCUCCCCCGGUGUCUGACGCGUUGCAUGCCGGUGCUCGGGGCUCUGGCCGCCCGGGAGAUGCUGCUGGACGAGCGGCGGCGCCGAGACCCACACACCCGCUGCAGCUCCUCUAGAUGUAUACAAUGGCAUCCAGCCACAGCUCUUCGAUAGUGCCUCAGUCAAACAGCAGCAAACCUUUGUAUAGAAAAGGACUGGAUCCUUCACAGCAGUUAGGACUGGUACGCUCACUUCCUGAUGUUUGCCCCAAAGAGCCUACAGGUGAUUCUAACAGUUUGAGUAAUGAGCCGUCUGUGGUCGCCGAUCAGCACAAAUGGACUAUUUAUCAUUCCAAAGUGAACCUCCCAGCAGCAUUAAAUGACCCCCGGCUCGCAAAGCGGGAAUCGGACUUCUUUACGAAGACAUGGGGUCAGGACUUUGUGGAAAUGGAUGUCUUGCCCUCACCCUACCUCCCACCUAUCAAUAAGGAACACUUUUCGUCUUAUAUCCAGCAAACCAGCCUAAGAGAAAAAAAUCACGAACGGUGGAAGUCGAUAUGUCCUCCAAAAGAUGACUGUAGUAGGAUAGCAUUUUCACAUGGUAGUAAAUCAAGGGCAGAUCUGGAUCAAGUACCUAAGAUCUUCAUGAAACCAGACUUUGCUUUGGAUGACUCCUUAACAUUUAAUGCAGUUUUACCAUGGUCCCAUUUCAGUAGUGCAAGUGGUAAAGUGAGCAGAGAUGCUGCAUCGGCCAAACUGCUGCAGGAAAAGCUGAGCCACUAUUUGGACAUUAUCGAGGUGAACAUCGCCCAUCAGAUUUCCUUACGCUCUGAAGCCUUUUUUCACGCAAUGACCUCCCAGCACGAGCUGCAGGACUACCUCAGGAAGACUUCCCAGGCUGUAAAGAUGCUGCGGGACAAGAUCUCUCAGAUAGACAGAGUAAUGUGUGAGGGAUCUCUACGAAUCCUACGGCAGGCCCUGACGAGAAAUAACUGUAUUAAAGUGUACAAUAAGCUGAAAUUAAUGGCUACAGUGCACCAGACUCAGCCUACAGUUCAGCUCCUGCUUUCCACCUCUGAAUAUGUUGGGGCCCUGGACCUAAUAGCAACAACUCAAGAAGUUUUGCAGCAGGAACUUCAGGGCAUUCACAGUUUUCGACAUCUUGGGUCCCAACUUUGUGAACUGGAAAAGCUCAUUGAUAAAAUGAUCAUUGCAGAGUUCACAUCCUAUGCUCGCACUGACCUGAACAGAUCUUUGGAGGAGGAAUGGCAAGUGAUAGAGGAGGAGAGAUUGGUGUCGUUGGUUUUUGGGUUAUUAAAGCAGAGGAAGCUGGACUUUUUUGAAAUCUACGCAGAUGAAAUGAUGGCAACUGCAAAAAACAUCAUUAAGCAGUGUGUGGUCAGCACAGUCUCCCAAAUUGACGAGAUAGACGCUGAGCUUGUCACUAAGCUUGCUGAUCAGAUGCGGAUGAUGAAUUUUUCCCACUGGUUCGAUUUGCUGCAAAACAUUUUUUCCAAGUUUACAGUUUUCCUUCAGAGAGUCAAGGCCACAAUAAACGUUAUCCGCAGUGUUGUGCUCAUGGUCUUGGAUAAAAACCAGCGGAUCAGAGAACUGGAGGUAAUGGCAGCUCAGAAAGGCCUGACCAGAGAAAGCAAAGUGGAGAACGAUCUGGCUUACUUGACUCACGAAGGCUUGUUUAUAAGUGAUGCAUUCAGCGAAGGUGAGCACCCUCCUGCUGCUACCAACACUAACUUUCAGAGGAAUGCAUCACCCAGCGGUAGUGACCCGUCUGUCAGCGAUUCUGUAUCUGAUCCUGAAUGCACUACUGACUCAUCCUCCAGCAAAGAUCACACACUGCCUUCAGUUACCCCAGGGGGAGUAGAAAUAAUAAUGACCGAGGAUAUAAAAUUAACAGACCUGGAACUUGGUAAAAUUGCAAACAAUAUUCAGGAGCUUCUCUACAACGCCUCUGACAUGUGUCACGACCGCUGCGUCAAGUUCCUGCUUUCAAGAGCCAAGGACAACUUUCUGGAGAAACUAAACUCUUCAGAGUUUGUGUCCUUGUCCCGAUCAGUUGAGGUGUUUGUCCAGGAUACUGAGAAAAUCUGUGGUAGAAAAAGCAUGUCUCUCCGAGGGGCUCUCCAGAGCCAGGCCAAUAAGUUUGUAAACCGCUUCCAUGAUGAAAGGAAAACUAAGCUCAGCCUUCUGCUAGAUAAUGAGCGCUGGAAGCAAGCCGAUGUCCCAGCUGAAUUUCAGGACUUGGUUGAUUCCAUAACAGAUGGCAAAAUCAUUUUACCUGAGAGGAAGUCUGGAUGUGUAGAAGAGCGGAAACCCUCUGACUUCCUCACAGUUGACGGCCAGAAGUAUGCUGUAGUUGGCACUGUGCUGAUUUUAAUCCGAAUAAUUCUGGAAUAUUGCAGUUGUGUGGACGACAUCCCUUCCAUAACCACAGACAUGCUCACUCGUCUGUCUGAGCUAUUGAAGUACUUCAACUCCCGUAGUUGUCAACUGGUUCUGGGAGCUGGGGCUUUACAAGUUGUUGGAUUGAAGACAAUAACCACAAAAAACCUUGCAUUAUCCUCCCGGUGCCUGCAGCUCAUUGUACACUACAUUCCUGUAAUAAGGGCACAUUUUGAGGCUCGAAUGCAGCCUAAGCAGUACAGCAUGCUUCGGCAGUUUGACCACAUCACUAAGGACUAUAAUGAUCACAUAGCGGAAAUUUCUGCCAAACUGGUUUCCAUAAUGGAUUCUUUAUUUGAGAAACUUCUGUCAAAGUAUGAGGUCAAAGCCCCCGUCCCUUCAAUGUGCUUUAGAAAUAUCUGCAAACAAAUGGCUAAAAUGCAUGAAGCUAUUUAUGAUCUUCUCCCUGAGGAACAAACACAAAGUCUUUUCCUCCGAAUAAAUACAAGCUGCAGACGUCACCUAAAAAGUCAGCUGUGUCUCCUAAAUGUCAUAAAUGACGGAGGCCCACAGCAUGGAAUGGUGGCGGCAGAUAUUGCUUUUUACACUGGAAAUGUCCAAGCUCUAAAGGGUCUUAAAGAUUUGGACCUAAAUAUGGGUGAAAUUUGGGAGCAGAAAAGGUGAUGCCAAACCAAAGGAGAGAAAAAAGACUCUGAUCUCCUGAGUAACUUAUAUGUGUACGACUGGAAGUUAAAUGUUAAAUUCCUAAGUGCAAGUCAGGGGCCCAGGGGUGUUGGUUUCCGGUAACUGGAUCCAGCCUGGCUGUCAGGGAUUACCCCAAACAACUGAUGAACUCUUCACAAGAAAACUUAUUUUUUUUCUUUUUCAUUGGAAGUGGCCUCCAGGUUUUUUUUCGUUUUGUUUUUGGGACCAAAUCCAAACAAGCGCAUGGCUGUAACUCAGCUUCCCUGCAUUAAUAAGAAACAGGAUCCCCUUUCUGCAGAAGACUUUCCGAUUCUUUUCUUGUCAUGUAUAAUAAUGGUACAGAUUCCCUGUCACAAAUUCAGAACACUAUGAAUCGAAAGAGCAGUCACUGUAAUUUAUGGUUUCUCUAUUUAAUACCACGUUGGCCGUGUAUAUAGAAAAGCUGAGCAUUUUAGCAGUGAAGAAAUCAGAUGGAAUAAGCUUUAAUGGUGUUUGGCUGCGGGAGUAGGUGAAAGUCCUUUCUUCACCUUGGUUCAUUAUUUGUCCUCGAACUGGAUACUGCGUUUCCUAUUUCAGAGACCCUAUUACAUGCCUGCUAAGCACAAUGGAGUAAUUGAUCCCAGAUGCACAGGGCAGGCUUCUCUGUGCAAGACUCUUGAUCAAGCUCAAGAAAGAGGGAUGGCGUGGAGCUGAGGAGCCACGGGUUGCCAGAUCUCCCCGAUAUCUUGCACUGCUCCAGUAAAAUAACUCCGUAGCAAUGGUGCUUUGAUUAGCCGGUAACCUUUGGAUAGCUUGGGGGACAAUGCUAUAAAUUGCUGGUAUUUUCAAUCAGUAUUUUUGUACAAUAUUUUUUUUUUUUUAAAUUAAGGUAUUUUUGCUCUUCCCUUACUUGGUGAGGGGCGAAAGUAUUUAUUUGCAGUAUCUGCUAUUGAUG